AUGCAGGUGUCUGCACCUGUCAGAGUGAAUCACCUCCAGUUUGGGGACUGUCCUGUUGGGAAGCCCUGCCACAGGACCUUCACCAUCACCAACCACACCCGCAAGAAGGUCAUGCGCUUUGAGUGGGAGGCAGACGCCCCAUUCCAGUUCUCCCCCAAGGUGGGACACCUCCAUCCUGGCUGUGCCAAGGUCAUCACAGUGACUUUGAAAUCAGAUGUGCCAGGCACCUUCAGGAGGCACCUUGUGAAAUGUAAGGUGACCAAGAUCAACUUUGAUCUGCCACGAAGGAAGGUUCCUGACUGGGAUGAUGAAAAGUGCUCAAAGUACACAUUGAAGAUGGCCACCAGCAAAGACCCAGAAGAGGAAUUCCCUAAAAUAGAGAAGGUGCUCGAGAUAGCCUCGGAGCCGGCUCACACUGUGGUGGAGGAGAGCAGCCAGGAGUUGGAGGUGUACCUCAGUGCCGUUGUUGCCUACACCCAGUUCAAGCUGAACACGACCGUGGUUCAGUUCAAGGAUACCUUGCCCUUCCAGACAAGGACCACCACGUGA